GGUUGGUGCUGGGUGGGGGGCUGCAGCCAUUGGCUGUGCAGGGGCAGAUAGAGAGCUGGGAGGGGGGAUCCAGGAAGUGGCUGGCUGGGUGUAGCUGUAUCCAGGGGCUGGUGUCAGGGACAGGUGAGGGUGGGAGGGGACAGGACAGGUGUGACAGGCUGGGGAGGGAGGGAGGAGAGACCUGGGGGGGAGAGCAGGCAGCUUCCUGCAGCCAGAGCCCACCCAGGGAGCAGCAGGAGCAGCAGGAGGCGAGAGAGAAGACAAGGGGCCACACACUGACCCCCCCAAGCCCCCCACUUACCCAGGAGCUGCUGGCCUGGCUCUCAGGAGGAACUGACACAAGCAGCUCGAAUUCGCACGUUACCGGUGGCCUCCGACGCAGCAACGGGGACGGGGAGCCUCUCAGCUUGGCGUCUGAAGCGAACGGGGAGUGAGGGAGACGCGGCGACUACUGGUGCCCCACGCUGAGAGCUCAGGAGAAGAUGGCGAGCUCUGAGGACGAGCUGAUAGGGAUCCCCUUCCCAGAGCACAGCAGUGAGCUCCUGAGCAGCCUGAAUGAGCAGCGCCACCGGGGGGUCCUGUGCGACAUCACCAUCAAGACCCGCGGGCUGGAGUACCGCACCCACCGCGCCGUGCUGGCGGCCUGCAGCGACUACUUCCGCAAGAUGUUCACGGGCGUGCCAACCCGAGGCAAGUGCCCGGACGUGUGCCAGCUGGAUUUCCUCAAGCCCGACGCCCUGAGCGCCCUGCUGGACUUCGCCUACACGGCCACCCUGACCAUCAGCAACGCCAACAUGCGGGACGUCCUGCGCGCCGCCCGCCUCCUGGAGAUCCCCUGCGUGGUGGACGCCUGCGUGGAGAUCCUGCAGUGCAACGGGCACCGGGAGGAGAUGGGGGGCGACGCUGAGGAUCUGGAGUGUUUCCUGCGGGCGCGCCAGUACUUGGAAUGUUAUAUGGCGCAGGAGAAUGGCGAGAGUGCCGCCCUGUCCCCCCAAGCAGAUAGCCCCCCUCCUCAUCCUCACAAUAUUCCUGUGCCCCCCAAGUCGGUGCAGAUCAUUCCCCGCCGGGGCAGAAAGAAGUUCCUACAGGUGAACCCCAACCGGCGGAACCACAACGGGAGCCCCUUCCGAGUGGCCGAUGACUUGCUGGAUAGAGAUGGCGGCCACGCAGAAGCCUUGUCGCCCGCGUCCGUGCCCCCCGGGGAGCCCCACCUGAGCUACGAGCGCUAUGCGGCUGAUAAUGGCUUGGGGGGCCAGACCAUCUUUGUCCCCCCCUCGCCCCCAGAGGAGAUCCUGUCUGACGAGGAGACGUCCGACAUGGUGUUCCAGAACCCCUACGACCCAGAGAACCCGGAGCUGGUGGCCUCGGGCCUGGAUGGUGCUGACAAGCUGGUGAGGAAGCGGCGCUCCCAGCUGCCCCAGGAAUGCCCCGUUUGCCACAAAAUAAUCCACGGAGCUGGCAAACUGCCCCGGCACAUGCGCACCCACACCGGGGAGAAGCCAUUUGUGUGCCAGGUGUGCGGAGUGAGGUUCACAAGGAACGACAAGCUGAAGAUCCACAUGCGCAAGCACACCGGCGAGCGCCCCUAUUGCUGCGAGCACUGCAGCGCCCGCUUCCUGCACAGCUACGACCUGAAGAACCACAUGCACCUCCACACCGGCGACCGGCCCUUCGAGUGCUCCCUCUGCCACAAAGCCUUUGCCAAGGAGGACCACCUCCAGCGCCACAUGAAGGGGCAGAACUGCCUGGAGGUGCGCACGCGGCGCCGACGCAAAGAGGAGCCCCCCGUGCCCCACAUGCACCCGGCCCUCGACCUGUCCAAUGGCAAGCUGGAGGAUGUGCCCCUCUCCAUGAUUCGCUUCUGGGGGAUCCCGGUGCCUCGCUCUGGGGGGGGCAGUCCGGAGGGGCCCCUGGUUUUGGACGCCUCAUAGGGGGCCGGGAGGGAUGUCUCCGAGUUCACUGCAGCACUUCCGCUAACCCCCCCCCAAAAAAUAUUCUCUCCCCCUCCCUAGCUUUAGUGUGAGACUCCCUUCAUCCCCCCAUUACACACCAGAUGACAUCACACAGAUCUGAUGAUGUCAUCACCUUAAUGGCAGACUUGACUCCGCCCCCUGGAGGGGGCAACACAAGAGACUAAUGGAGCGCGGGAAGUUGUUGUUUCUAAGCCUCAGGGAUCAGUCAUUCGGCCUCUCUCCCCCCAUGAUGAGGCGCCACUUUCCAGCCCCCCCCCCCCCCCGCGUCUCCGUAUUUAGGCUGAAAAGAGAGAAAUUGCUAUUUUUUAUUGAAUGAGAAAUCUAAUAUAUACUGUGUCUGUAUAUAGAGAUGGAGAUGCCUAUAUAAAUAUAUAUAUUAUGGAGUAUAUAUAGCUAGAAAUGCUUAGGGUUAAGGCAAGUUAUAGCAAUAAUCAUAUUGUGACCAGGCUGCCCGCGUCCUGCCACCCUAGCUGGCUGCCAUGGCAACGCCGUGGGGCAGAGGGCACGAGCGGGACGCCAUCGCUGUGCUUUAUGGGCCGGGGGGGUACCAGGGGGGGUGUGCUUGGUGGGUUAGGGAUGCACUUACUUUGGGGGGCACCCCUGACGUGGGUCCAUAGUUACCCAUCCCGCCCGGCGCCAUCUCCCGGCUCUGAUGUCAUCACUAGAACGUUAAUGAUGUCAUUUAUGUUAUUGACCUCACCAAAAAAAAACUAGCACCUGCGGCUUUAGGUCUUAAUCCCCCCCCCCCAUAAAAAAGAAAAAACGGGAAAAAAAAUAAUCUGAAAACGGGUUUACGGUAAGCGUUGAACGUGGGUAUGGCCCCACCCC